CACGUGUGACCAUUUGUUAAUUUCUAACGAAUACAUGCAUACGAUAGUAUCAUACACGAAACGAUGCCAAACGCUUAAUAUUUGAAUUGAAUGUUUCUGUAUGUAGAAAUGUAACACCUGAGCAAUGUCAUGCGAAAUUAAACAGAAGACUUUCGAGACAAAAUAUAUUAACGUUGCUGAUAUUGAUAACACCAAAGAGGAGGAUGAUAGACACAAUAAUAAUGAUGAUGUAAAUGGAUGUAUAGUUCCGUUGACUGAUCGUGCCAGUCCAUUGGAUAAAGCUAAAGGUGAAGAUGAUUAUGUCAGUAAGGCAUCUUCAGAGAAGAAAGUGUUUCGAUAUAAACUUAUAAAGACGAUCCUGUUAAUAGUGACAUGGAUCGUAAACGGUUUGGUAUUAACGAUUAAAUAUCCGACAUUUCCUGAUCUUUGCGAGAGGACUGGCAGUAGUGUCGAAGAGUUGACCAGAGCUACAGCGGUGAGGCAUAUUGGAUAUAUAAUUGGGUGUUUAGUUGGAGGUAUUCUAUUCGAUCGAUUCCGGAAAAUUUGGGAUCUCCAGUUAUCUUCAGGAUUUUUGCUGUUGGCCGUUUCUGUUGCUUUUAAACCUUGGUGUAGAGGCAUCACAGCGCUCGCAUUUCUUUACUGGCUGGAAGGUGCGGCUCAUGGUAUAUUUGCAAUAGCUGGUAAUGGAAUAAUGAUAGCCAUAUGGGGAGGAAAUACACCGGCCCCACUCCUGGCCAUGCACUUUGGGAGUAGGAUCGGGUCUUUAGUGGCGCCUGUUCUGGCGUACCCUUUCCUCAGCUCUAGCCGUGGGGAAGCUAUUUACACAAAUGCAUCCGUAUUUAACAACGGGACUGAAAUCAAAUUCACAUCUAACAUCGAGGUACCAUACGUUAUAAGUGGAGGACUUGGCUUAUUGGCAUCACUUGGAUAUUUGGGGGUGUAUCUAGCACCACGGCCCCGAGGACUAGUGUUAACCAAUAUACCUAAAGGAAGGAAUUUAAAGGAAUUGUUACAUCCGGGUUCUUUCACAAAUGGGAAUGCGAGAUACGGUGUAACUUUAAUGACGUGUAUGUUCUUGUACUUCUCAAUUAACGGGGCAUGUAGUUCACAUUUUCAAUUACUACAAGCUUCAAUAGCCACUGGGGCAUUGAAUGCAACAAAACAGGAGGCUUCACUCAUGCAGUUUGCAGCAAGGGGAUCUGCGAUUUUAGGAAAUUUCAUAAUAAUUCCAGUCUCAAAGUUUGUUCCAAUGCCGUUUAUCGUAUUCGUGAUAUGCCAUGCUAUCGCUAUCAUCAACUUCAUUGCAGUUGCCAUGGCGUUAAAGAGUCGUAUGAACUUUGCUGUUCUCGGCGGUGUCUUCGAUUUCUUCUAUGCCUCAAUAUGGGCGUCUGGAAUGGCAUGGCCGGAGAGGUACAUGGAAGUAACGGGUUCAGUGAUUAUGAUAUGUAACAUAGGGAGUGGCGUGGGAGGUGCAAUAAUAGAAUGGGGUAGUGGUUAUGUACUGCAGUAUCAUGGGGCGCAGGCAGUGAUGUGGCUCUGUGCAGCGUUUGCCAUUUCCUUUUGUGUGCUGAUAUACGUCACACAAUGCGUGAUGUCUUACCAUGGACCAAAGAAAAGACAUCUUGUCCCUUUAUGAACAUCGAUUGAAAUUAUUGAAAGGAAGGGCUUGUCAAUGUUUUGCUCUACAAUUCAAUUUGUGUAUCAAAACAGUACAAGGGUUAAAAUAUAUGAUACUCAAAUAUAUGAUACUCAAAUAUAAAAAAAAUGCGGUCCAAAGAAAUAUAUAUAUUCCAAAUGAUCCGAGUCCAAUUUUCAUGCACUUAUUAUCAUGUUAAUUAUAUCAAGG